AUGACAUCUUGGUCGAAUUUCGCCCGCGAAAUGAGGGUGGACCCGUAUUUUGAAAUAUCGGUCGAAAUGGACUUUGUGAAGGAUGCGCGGCUUCGGGCUGCACAUGGGUUCCGCUGUAAAAAGUUUCCGAGCGAGAAGUUGCCAUUGCCAUUGGUGCUAUCCAUAGUGGCACACCAAAAUGGCCAAGCCAAGCCAUCCGGAUCUGAGUAUAAACAAACCUUCCCAAACUCGGCUCAUUUCUGGAUGAUAGAACCACGGAGGUAUCUUAUAAGGUUCUGCACCAACGCGGCUGUUGGCCAUGCUAUCGGCGUUGAAAACUUCUUGCCAAGAAUAUCAGCCGACGAUCCGAACCAAAUCGCCUGUGACCUUGAGAACCGUGCCACGAGCAAGGCCGUUACCCCAUCCAUGGGAGUGGGCGCACAACUCAAGGCUCAUGUUCCGGUGUUCGCAGAAGUCACAUCAGACUAUACUAGUACUCUGAUAGCGGGGCACGUGGUGCUCAGACUAAGGAUAUCAGAACAGUUGAACAAAGGUAAUGCAGCGUUUGAGCGGUGCACGUACAUUCUGCCCACAGUGCGGCGAAAUCGUGAGACAUAUGUAGGCGACCCGUUAUUUACGUGUGGGAGAUAUCAACGUGUACAGGCGCACGUUUCGUAA